AUUAAAAUUAAUGUUUAUCUAGUUCUUGAUUCAGUUUUUUUUUGAGUUGUCAAGUAAUUUUGGAAGAUGUUAUACAUAUUUAGGAUUGCCUUCCUAAUUUUUGUUGUACUUGCACAGACUGACACAACUCCAUUUCAUGAGACGGCUUCCAGACAAGGUGAAGCCAAUGCAGAUCAAGCAGAUGAACAACUUAACAAUGAGGCAAGUAUAAUUUUGAAAACUGUUGGUAUUUAUAAAAUUAUGAAUUUGGUUGUACUUAAAUUAAUUUUUGGAAGUUCUUGUACGAGUUCAUAAUCCCAUUCCUGACUUCAGGAUACACGAGAGCCUAUGAAUGAGAUCACGAAAGAGACACCUGGUUCUCCAAUAGCUCAACAGAAUAUUGAGACUCCAGUCCUUACUCCAAUUCAGACGCAGCAGGAGACUCACGAGCUUAUGAAUGAGAUCAUUUCACCAAACAUUUCCGACACACAGCCAAAUACCCGAGCUCGCAGAAAUCUUUUAACAGAGCAAAAUAAGGAUGUAGAAAGCAGAGUUCAAAAUCCCUUUGAGAUCGGAGCAAAUGUGGAGAUUUCAUCACAAGAUGACAAUACUUGUCAUAAAUGGUAUCCAGGAAAUGUGUUGGCAACAUAUUUGGUUGAUGGGGUUGAGAUGGUGAAAGUUGAGUACUUCGUCCCGUCUCUGGACGAAAAGAAGAGGAAAAGGAGUGUUGAGACACGUGUAUCAAUUGACAGAAUACGUCCUCAACCACCACCUGAGAGAUCUGGAGCGAAGAAAAGUUAUGAGCUAAUGCAGGACGUGGAGGCGUUCGACAAUGGUGCCUGGUGCGCUGGAAAAGUUAAAGUCAUUUUGUUUGAUGGCUCGUGUUUUGUCUCUUUGAACAAUUCUAAAGAACAAAUUUACUUCCACCAUUCUGAGAUGCGAAAACCAAGAAAAUGGGUAGAUGGUGUUUGGGAGAUGACAAAAAAGAUGGAAGAAGAGCAGACGCAGAGUGUGAAUCCAAGUGAAGGAGAUGGUGAUAAAAAGGGGAAGGCGAAGGCUGUCGCUUGUAAGAAAAAUGAAGCAGCUGGUCCAUCAGAAGAUGGUGUUGGGAAAAUGGCAAAAGAGAUGGAAGUAAAGCAGGGUAAGAGUGUGAAACCAAGUCAAGACGAUCAUGCAAAAAAGGGGAAGCCUGAUGUUGGUAAGAAGAAGAAAGCAAAUGCUCAGCCAGUAGAUAUGCUUCCUUUUCUACAGCGAGAAGAGAAGAGGCCAAUACGACCUAGAAACCCUCCUAUACCUGUAACACCUGAGGUAAUCCUUCCAAUUGAUCCAUUUGUGACACCUGAAUUUCCUCGGUUUUCAAGGCUUGCACACUGGAUGGAUCUACGGGGCAUAUAUCGUGUACCGUUUUAUAUCAAUGGAAAAGAAAUUGAAAAAGAGUUCUUUCAAAAAAUGGACGAUGCAGAAAACAAUCUCAACAAAGAGCACAUAAAUGUUGCAUUUGAAAUGCUAAAUUGUAAGAGGGUUGAGCAAGGUGCUUGGUUCCGCAACAACAAUCUUCCAGCAGCAUGCUUUGUACCAGUCAAAUUCUUAGAAGUGGUUGGGUACGCUUAUGAAUCUGUCAGGAAGCCACAUAAGAAAAAACAAACGUUAUUGGAGGGCUGUGUAGGCGAACUUGUGAAAGGUUUAAUACAUCCAAAGAAGGUAUGGCUGGAAGAUGUUGAUGUUAUAUAUGGUGUCAUUGAAGAUAAGUUGAGCUAUCACUAUAUUGGGGUGGAGAUACAAUUGAUGGACAACACAAUCACACUCUUCCAUUGUGGUCUUCCAAAAGCAAAUAUCAAACGUGCUCUUAAUCAAAUCCAAGAACUGGCAGUGUUGAUUAGUGCCAUAAAGAUGGAACUUCUUGGUGAAGAGGUUAAUUUCGAAGAUAUCAGUCCAUUUGAAGUUAAGUUUGCAGAAGGGCUUCCAAAGACAAAAUUUCCAUACAACUGUGGUAUUUUUGUUGUGAAGAUGCUGGAAUGCAGGUCACUGGGAUUGAAGAGCAUGGCUAAUAUAAAUGAUGAAACUGCGAUGGACUUACGAAGCAAGCUAUGUUGUGAGAUCUUCGACCAGUUUAUGGAUAAAGAUUUCCAGGAAGGUCAAAGGAAGUGAAAAUGUCAUAUU